AUGUCCUCCCUACGACUUCUCUCCUCUGCUGCUCGACGGGCCACCUCUUUCUCUCUGACCCGCCGCGGAUAUGCCGAUGUUAGCGACAAGCUGAACCUUUCCCUAACGCUUCCCCACAAGACUGUCUUUAACUCGCAAGAUGUCGUGCAAGUAAAUAUCCCAGCGGAGUCUGGUGAUAUGGGAAUUCUGUCGAACCACGUACCCUCCAUUGAGGCCCUCCGACCUGGUGUUGUUGAAGUCAUCGAAUCGUCAGGAACUCAGAAAUUUUUCGUCUCCGCUGGCUUCGCUACCGUUCACCCCAACAACAAGCUCACGAUUAACGUCGUUGAGGGUGCUCCUCUCGAGGACUUCUCUCUUGAGGCUGUCCGUUCCAACUUGCAAGAGGCUUUGAAGACUGCUUCGGGUUCUGGAUCAGAGGCUGACAAGUUGGAGGCACGCAUUGAGGCAGACGUGUACGAAUCUAUCCAAAAUGCGCUUGCAAAGUAG